UUGUUCCAGGUUGAACCUGAAUUUAUUGAAGGCCCACUUGGCCAGGGUCUUCGGAAGAGGAAAUAUCCGUGGAAGUUGCAGGCCAUAUACACGCCCACCGGCCAACGUGGUAUCAAAGUUCAAUCGUACGACCCUACAUGCCCCAUCCCACCGCUUCUAGACGAGGGGUUCCAGAAAUGGAUGGACGACCCAUCAACCGACGACAAUUCUCGUUCAACGUCUGUCGGGAUAAAAUAUAAGAGUUGGUUUGGACUGCUCCUGGAUCCUCAGUUUCAACUCGACGACGAGUAUAUCGACUCGCUCAUGAUGCUAACAGCGAGGAAGGUUGAGAAGUGUAAACAUCUAUUGCGUGUGCAAUUCGCAAUAGGCGACGUACUUCUCUCCAACUUGCUACGACGAACAGACGGACCAUAUGCAGCCAUGAAGCCGGGUGUCCUCCCGUCGAAAUGUACGUAUGAUUGGAGGCAAGAGCGUACCAUCUUUCGGUACGUGCUUGGACGACAAUCGGACUACGACACCCUAUGGAGCGAGGCCGAUAUCGUGUACACGCGGAUGAAUAUUGGCGGCAACCACUGGGUUAUGAUCGGGAUUGAUCUUGUGGAGGGUGAUUUAACUGUAUGGGACUCACUGCAAGCGAUCACCCCAUUGGAGGAUCUCGAGAAGGCACUCAAGCCAAUGUGUACGAUAAUCCCGGCGAUUCUUCAUUGGAGCGGGAUACUCGCACUUCGGCCCAACCUGCCUAUGGUGCCAUGGAGGGUCCGAAGAUGUACUGUACCUCAGCAAGCCGGGUUCACAGAUUGCAGCAUAUUUUGUGUUAGAUUUUUCGAGUACGAUGUAAUUGGGUCAAAGAUAGACACUUUGAUUCAAAGUAACAUUUCUUUAUUUCGUCGUCAAUAUGCUGUACAAAUGUGGGCUCGUAGACCCUUUUUUUAGUUGUAAUUAUUCUUUGUAUC